AAUCGGACUCUUAUUUAUUUAAAGAAUCUUGAGUUAUAACCAAAACAAGCGUCCUACUCGCAGCUUGUUGCCUGUGGCAGAUGAGGACUCUGUUUUGAAUCGAUAUAUAGAGACAAAAAACUAAAACGCCUUGAUCAAAACAGUUAAAACCGUCGGUUGGGCUGCCUGAUCGCCUUUUUCAUUUUCUUUUUCAUUUUCUAAUUUGUCCGGACUGAAACAAAAUGCAGCAGCCUGAAACCCAGCAGGCAACUCAGCAAACAGCGACAGAAAUCCUUGAUCCAGCAGUUCAGUACCUGCGUCGGAAGAAGACGGCUCUGUGGGUGACCGUGUCUCUGCUGGCUCUAUCUCUGGUGGUGCUGACUGUGGGUCUGGUCUCUGCCACUCGCACAGACAACGUGCCUGUUUCUGGAUAUUACCCCGGCAUCACCCUCAGUUUUGGAGCUUUUCUGGGUAUUGUUGGCAUCCACCUGGUGGAAAACCGCAGACCCAUGCUCAUGGCAGCGAUCAUUGUCAUCAGUAUGGGAGUCAUCGCAUCUUUCUUCUGUGCCAUUGUGGACGGGAUCAUCGCUUCAAAGUUCAUUGACUCAAGGCUUUUGCAGGAGAACAUGUGUGACUUUUACACCAGUGGAUCGGCCUAUGCCUACGACAGCUACUACACUGAGGUGACAUGCAAAGCAUGCAAGAUGAACCUGAGGAGCAACACCUGCUUCUGCUGCUACCUGUACAACUGUGAGAGCACAGAGUACCACACACAGUACUAUGAGUUUACUGGGGUCAGCAGCUGCUGGGAUGUGGUCUACCUGUACCGUCUGAUGUGGGCCUCAGUGGUGUUCAACGUGAUUGCCUUGUUCUUGGGCAUCAUCGCUGCCGCCAUCCUCGGAGCGUACAAGGAUUUGAAAAAGCCAACUCCUCAGAUGGCUGCCAGCCCCACACCGCCACCCCACAUCAUGUACAACCCAACCCAGCACAUGCUCACCUACGCUGGCUUCUGUCCUUCAGGACAGACUCUGCCUGCCUACCCCAACUAUCCAAUAUCCAUGCAGCAUAACAGCAGCUUUCAUCCACCUACUACUCCCCAUCUGAUCCCUGACGGAGGCCCUGGCUCCAACUCCUGCCUGUCUGAGGAGAACCAGGGCCAGCAGCCAUCUCAGGCUCCCACACAGCAACAGCCACAGGGAGCCACCCAGGAACCAGGGGGCUACAUGUUGACACCCAACGCUCCUGUCCUCUACGGAUCCCCCUACAGCCCCUUUGAGAAACCUCCACCGUACGCCUGCUGAGCCCUCAGAUAAAUACAUGGAGCAUGUUGGAGAAGAAAUAUCUUGAUCGGGUCGGACUGAAUGUAGCUCAAGACAUGUCAUAGGUGACCUUGUAGACGGAUUCACGACUACUCUGUAGGUUACUGAUAUAAAUGCUACAUUUAAAGUGGUUGACUGAAGAGAGACACAUAUUUCAAGUUAUGUGGUGUGAUUAUAUAGACAUGAUUUAGUUAUUUCAUGUGUAUUCAUUGAGGGAAGCAGCUGUGGUAAAUAUACUUCAUUCAAAUAUGCUUAUUUGUUUUCUUGCCGAGAGUUAGAUAAGAAGAUUGAUACCACUCUCGUGUCUAUAGGUAAAUAUUAUAUACCAGCCAGCCAACUAAACUUAGCAUAAAAAUUGGAAACAGAAUUAAAACAGCCAACCUGGCUAUGCUCAAAGUAAACAAAAUCUGCCUACCAGCCUCUCUUAAGCUCACAUUUAACACAUUAUAUCUCAUUUAUUUAAUCUGUACAAAACUGAAGUCUAAAAACUACAACAAAAACUAAAAACUUCUUGCAGCCCAAAACUGGUCUUUAGAUGCUAUAUAUUGCAUAUAUAUAUAUAUAUAUAUGUAUAUAUAUAUGUAUAUAUACGAAAGUGAAUACAGUUGGUGUACACUUGACUGUGAUCUGAGAGUUGUUUUUGUUAUAACUUGUGUAGAUUGGAAUACAAAUCUUUCUGUGUAUUGUCUCACUAUACAGAUCACUGUUCAAGCAGUUAAAAGGGCUUUAUUGAAAUGUGAACUGGAGAGUAAAUGACGCUCAUGUUGCUGUUACUUAAUUAUGUUGUGUGAAAUAUUUAAUGUGCACUUUAAAGUCAAUAUGCUGUAUAUAUUAUUGAUGAUGCAUGUUAACUGCUGUGGGAUGGGAUAAUGUAGCUGCUGCUGCUGCUAUGAAAUACAUCUUGUAUUUAAGAGACACCUAUAGAAACGCAUACAUUCACUGAUGCAUACAAAUACAUGUGUUGUAAGGGCUUCAUCAAAAUCUUACAUUUAAAGGUAGAGUGAACAACAGUGGGAAAUAUGCUUAUUGGCUUGAGUUAAAUGAGACGAUCAAUACCACUAUCAUGUCUGUACAGUCAAGUAUGAUGUAUGAAGCUACUGCCAGCAACCAGUUAGCUUAGCUUAGCAUAAAGAUCCUGGCUCUGUCUAAAGGUAACAAAAUCAAAGUUUUAGCACCUUCCAAGUUCACUAAUUAACACAUUUUAUACCAAGGCAGGCAGUUUUAUAUACUAGGAAGUUUCCCCGUUUCCACUUUCUUGAGAAAGCGAAAUAUGUAUUUUCCAAACUGCCCAAUUCACUGUAUUGUAUUACCUCAAAGGGAGACUAUAUAUAAGAAAUCACACAUUCUCCCUUUUAUGCUAUUAUAUAAAUAGAAAGUUGAAUUUAUAAGCAAUAAAACUCUUUUGCUCAACUCAAUACUCAAGAAGUUAUUGCUACAGCCUUACUUUGUCUGGUAUGAUCAGCAGUGUAUGGAGGUUAAUUUUAGCAAAUCUUAGCAAGUAGUUAUUGCUGUAUAAUACACAUUACUGACUCA